GUUCCCAGAUACAGUUCAGAAUCAAACUACACAUCAUCAAAAUCACUUGUUCGUAUUUCUCACAUACCAUAAAGUACUUCGUUUUAGUCUUGACACUCGCGACCGAGAAAAGCCAAAAUCAAUAAUGGCGGGAACCUCCAUUCUGGCUUCCAUCUGUGCGGGUCGCUUGACCAAAUUGAUCGCUCACCACUCGAGGGCCCAGUCCCAUCAAAUCCAGAACAAGGCCCGGUUCACUGCCCAGGUGCUGUCUCCGCACGCGAAGACCGCUGAGCGAUGUGACAACUUAAAGCACUACGACGCGGCGUCCAACCAGAUGGCAUCACGUCAGAUGCCGAAAGCAAAGAAGUUCGACUUCACCUCGCAGUGGACCCCAACCAUAUCAGGCUGCCAGCGAUCGGCGAUGGAGCCUAGGCAGCCCUACAUCUGCAGUCUGUUGCAGUCGAAGGGUGCAGCGGGGUAUAAGAAGCUGCCCGUGCCCGUGCCAGUGCCAGGGCCGGUCCAGGUUCCAGAAGCAGUGACAGCCAAGCCGCAACCUGUGCAGAUGUCCGAGAUAUUGGAAGCCUCACGCAAGUUGCCGCCGAUUCUCUUUCCCGGCAAGAUCUCGGUGGGAAGUCGGGCCCAGAUGUCGCCCACUCUGCUAAUGGGCAGCCGAUACACCAUGGGACCCUCGCGGAGUCAGCCGCAUCCAGCGAUCUUUGAUCACAUCAAAUUUUAUCGUAAUUGUUUCUAAAUCGUCUCUGAUGGGUGCAGUCCUGGCCACCUACCGCUGCCAACAUUCAGCUACAGCUUGAACACAACACUACCGCACGGAAAUUGUGCUGUGACUGAGUUGUACCUGAAGAUGGGGGCCGGUUCUCCACGGCUGCUCCAAACUAUUAAAUAUGUUUCCAUUCAA